AUGGGUUUCAUUGUCAGAGGUGAGCGUUACGGACGUGAUGAAUGCGCAUGCGCUGUUGUACUUGCACUUGGAGCAUCUCUGUUCCUUCUUUCGAAUAACACAAAAGGAUUUGCAGUUGAUGAUCGUGUGACAACACUGUCGGGAAUUUGCUUAAUGUCUGGCUAUCUGUUAUUCGAUGCUUUCACGUUAAAUUGGCAAAAGACAUUGUUUGACUGCAAGCCAAGAAUUUCAAAAUACCAGGUUGUAAUAUAUGCAACAAUUGAGCGCUUUGGCCCAGUGAUAUUUGCUGUGAUGAUGACGUUGCGGCAGAUUUUUUCGAUAAUGCUUUCAACGGUGGCUUAUGGGCAUCCCAUAUCAGCGCUUUCAGUUCUUGGCUUUUUUAUAACAUUCAGCGCUAUUUUUAUCAACAUCUACAGAAGACACCGUGUUGUGCAAAAUAGGCAUCAAUUGGAUACAUAA